AUGUUGACUCCUGCCCAACUUGCCGUGGACCAAUUGGAGUCCCGAUUGGCCUAUGAAACAGCCUCAAAUGACGAGUUCUAUGAGUGCAAUUCCGACCGGGAGGCCCUCGGUGAUGAGGAGCCUGUUGACGAGGCCCCGGAGGCUUUCGACGACGCGGCCUACAAGGUGAAACUCAUGAAUUCGUUAAGGAACAACUUCAUGAAGGAUGUGGCUAAUAAGCGCAACAAGCGUGAGAUCAUACCACUGAAGAAGCCUGGCAAGGACGAUUAUACGCUCGACAAGGCGUGGAGGCCAACCUUCCUCCUGGCGACUUUGGGCAAGAUACUGGAAUCAGUCAUUGCGGACAGGAUUUCCUACGUGGUCGAGACCCACGGUCUUCUCCCGACCCAACUACUUCGUGGCGCGGAAACAGCAACCCCAAGCGGAGGACUUUUUUUCGCUGCGAUCGGCACACGAUCACAGCAGAAUCUCUAUUGCAGAGGACUCUCGGCGACGGCGCAAACCCUGGGCUCGUUACCACCGCUGAGGUCUUGUUAG